AAACCUCAAACAAGAUUUAUUGAUCCGCCAUGGCUGACAACAUUCCAACGAAGACACCCACACCAACAUCCACAAAAACUCAAUCAAUCAAUUCCUCCUCUACAACCCACACCGUUGUUGUUGCCAAUUCUAGCACUAAACCUUAUCCUGUAGUUCCAGCAACUGCAGAAGAGAUACUUGACUCUCCUUUUGAUGUUUGGGUGAGACAAGAUCAAGCCCUUCGCCACGCCUUACUUACUGCCGUGUCAGACUCAAUUGCCCCACGUAUUGCCAUGGCUCGAACGUCAAAUCAAGCAUGGAUCAUGCUGGAGAAGUUAUAUGCAAAUAAACCUACAACUCGAUUUGUAGUUUGGAGAGAUCGUCUUCAUAACCACAGCUCAAAGGGAAAAACAAUAACUGAAUACUUGGAUCAUGUACAGAAGAUUGUCGAUGAGCUUGAAAACAUGCGCCCACCAGUGUCAGAUGAGGAACUUUCUAUUCACGUCAUGAACGAUAGACUCGUGGCUCAUGAAGAAGCCCUACGCCAUAAAGAAAGACGGCUUGACAAGGCGCCGGUCAUAGCACACCAUGCUGUUGUGCAGAACAAAUACUCUAAGGGACAUAACUCCUAUUCUCCCUUUGGUUCGAAUAAUCAACCACAUUAUUCUGUUGCUAACAAGCCCACUUAUGCAGGUCACUUUGCCAACAAUUGCCCUUACUAUCCAGUUGAAGCACAAGCACCUAUGGCCCAUUUUGCAACUUUAACAGCUACUAAACAACGAGCUGUGGCUCGCAGUUCAACGGAGGCUGAAUACCGUGCUCUUGCUGCUGCCUUUUCUGAAGUUAUUUGGAUUCGGAAUCUGUUAGAUGAACUAGGUAUCUCUUGUCCUGGUUCUCCUACCUUGUACUAUGACAACCUGGGUGCCACUUAUUUGAGUAGUAAUCCUGUUAUGCAUUCUCGAAUGAAACACAUUGCUAUUGAUUUACACUUUGUUCGUGAAUUGGUGGAAAGAAAGGUUCUUCGUGUGGCACACAUCUCUUCCAAGGAUCAGCUUGCAGAUGGCUUUACCAAACCACUCCCCAACACUCGUUUCUUGCAACUUCGAUCCAAGAUUGGCAUCGCCGAUGGCUCCUCCAUCUUGCGGGGGUGUGUUAAGGAUACUCAUCAAUGACUAAAUCAAUCACACAAUAUGGGCAUUGCUGCAGAUAUGUGAUCAAUUAUCUGAUAGGAUUGCAGAUAUGGAUUUACUAUACAAUAAACGAUGAUCUGUUUGUAUUUCCUUUUAUAUAUCUCUUGGACAAUACUCUUCCGCGUGAAGCCUUUGUAUAUAUAUUUAUUCAACUGUGAAUAAAAUAGUCAAGCCAUU